AUGGAGGUGCUCUGGCUGCUGAUUAUGGCAUUGCAGGGGCCCCUGGCCCAGGGUCAGGAUGCAGCUGCCACCCUCCUGUAUCCCUUCGGCCCCGAGCAUGGAGACCAGAGUGUCCCCAGGGCAGAUGAUGGUUACUCCCCAAAGAUCCUACUCUCUGAACCCUUCAGCUUCUUUGGAAUCACCUACAGAGGCGUCUAUGUGAACACCAAUGGCCUGAUCUCUUUUGAGGAGCCUGUAAACAAAUUCACCCCUCGUGCCUUCCCUCUUGAGGACGGCCAGGCAUUUGUGGCCCCAUUCUGGGCUGAUGUAACCACAGUCGAUAAAGGGCAGGUGUGGUAUCGAGAGAGCCAACAGCCCAGGCUGCUGAGCCGUGCUUCCAGAGAGCUGGCCACUGCCUUUCCUGGCUCCCCAGCAACCAUUCUUCACUCUCUGUUUGUGGCUACCUGGGACCACGUCCCCUUCUACGGGUCCUACACUCACCAGGUGAACACCUUCCAGGCAGUGUUGGCUUUGGGCGCUGGUGCUUCUUAUGUCCUUCUACGUUAUGGGGACAUACAGUGGACAACAGGAGUGAUCAAUGGAGGGAACCCCACCAACGGCCUGGGAGGGACCCCAGCACAGGCUGGUUUGAACAGUGGCACAGCCGGGGACUAUUUCAACCUCCCUGGCUCUAGGACAUCUGCCAUCAUCCACAUAACGUCCACCAGCAAUGUGGGGAUUCCGGGGCUGUGGGCUUUCCGAACAGACAAGUUCACAGUCCCGAGUGGCUGCGUCUACAAGGCCCAAUUCUUGCCCAUUGGUGCCACCUUCUGGAAUAGCAGUACUUGUGGAUACCGGUGCAAAUGCCUAACUGACCAGAAAGUUCAAUGCUGGCCCGGACCAUGCCAGGAGGAACAGCAGUGCCGUGCCUCCUACCCCUUCUUCUACUGCCAGGCCCACCAAGGGCCCUUGUGCCAGCUGGGGCCCGAUGGGCACCUGCGUACAUUCUCUGGGCACCUGCUGCGCCUCCAGCCCUGCACAUACAUACUGGCCCAGGCCCCUGGCAAUGUGACUGGCUUCCAAGUCAAGGUGGAGAGCAGAGGGAUGAGCCAGACAUCAAGGUUCCAGCUGCGGCUCCUGGCCCAUGGCCAGGAGAUCAUGGUGCCAGCUGGCACAGUGGGUCAUGUGUUGGUGAAUGGCCGCCGUUUCCCCAUGCCCGUACAGCUGCUCCAGGGGAACCUCACUGCCCACGUCAGUGGCUUUGCCACUUACCUCACUACCAACUUUGGCCUGGAGCUGUGGGUGCAAGACGGGCACCUAGCGCUCACUGUGCCGGCUACCCUGGGCAGCACUGUGCAGGGACUGUGUGGGGCAGAGGCUUUGACCCCUUUAGGGACCCCACAGGGGGAGCCCACCCUUUUGGUUACCAGAUGGCAAACAGUCGAGACAUGUGGACGUGGACCCCCGAGCUGUCCCCCAGAUCAGGCCUUUUGUGGAAAGCUGUGCUGA